AUGGAAUUUCUUAAUCUUGAUUGGCUUAAUAAAGUUGACGUAAAAGUUCAAAUUGGCGAAUCGGCCGAAUCACCAUCGAAAUGUAUAUUAGUUUCUAAGCUAGGUCGUACUAAAAAUUUAUCAGAAAUUCGUAAUACAUUAAAAGAAAAAACUGUAAUGGAUGAUACAUUAUUAUUUGCAAAAAAUAAAAAUAACAUGUUGGUUGAAAUACCAAGAGAUGAUGAAAAUGAUUAUACUUUAAAUGGUAUUAUAAGUGAUGAAACUUUAUAUUUAACAAAAAGUUUAGAACCUGAUUGGAAAACUUUAAAUGAAAACCGUAAAUUAGAUUUUGGACGUAUUGUAACAUUAGAUGGAUUUGAGAUUGCCGAUCAUAGAGCAUUUGAAUUAAAGAGUUGUGAAAUGGAAAAAUUUGGUGCUAAUGGUUAUCGGGUAGGAAACUUUAAAUAUAGUUCGAGUGAUGAUAAAAUGAUGAAAACAAACUUGUUUCUUACUGCAGACGCUGAUGUACAGGAUUUUGUAAAAUUAGGGAUAUCAUUUGGGAGGUCAAAGAAUGAAAAAUCUAAAUUAGAGAUCAACUCAACUUGUAAAUUCAUAGAGCUUAAUAAAAUAUCUUUAAAAUUAAAUAAAUUGGAGCCAAAAGAAGAAUUUAUAAAAGAAGUAGAAGAAGCUAUUAAAUCUAAGGAAUUUAAGAAAAUUACUGAGAAGUUUGGUCAAUUCAUUUCAACGGAAGUUAAUUUGGGCGGAAGAGCUUAUUUUGAAGAGUCAAAAAAUUUUGCGGAAAAUUCUAAAGAAGAUGCUAAUAAGGCUGCUAUGAGUGCAGGUGCUGGAACAUCAAAAAUCAAGGUAGAGAAUACUUUAAUAUACUCAAAAGGAAAUUCUAGUAGUUUCGAAUAUGAAUUUUUUAAAUUACUUGGAGGGGAUUCUAAUUUUGAAUUUAAUGAAAAGGAUUGGGCUCAAUCUUUGGAUGAUUAUAGUAAAUGGGAUUGUGUAAAAUACAAAAAUCCGACUAGCAUUUUCCAACUCUUACCUGAUAAUUUGCGUGAGAGUAUCUAUUUAUCAGUCGGAAAAAAAAUUCUUUACUUGAAGACAGAAGAUUUUGAUUUUAAUUAUACGAGUGGUAAAAUAGGAAUAUUCGAAUUAAGAAAUAUUCCACAAUAUAUUUCAAAAAUACUUCAAGAUGAAAGAGCUAAAUGCAACAUCUUUGCAACUGUUGUUGAUACAGGAGAAACAAAAAAUGUUAUUUUUAGUUGGAGAAUUCAAUAUCCGUCAGAUAAAAAUGAACAUCCACGCAUAAUAAUUCAUUGUUUUAAAGGACCCAAAAAACAUAAAUACAAUUUGAAAGUUAAUUGGAUGAUUAUUGGUUAUGAUAUAAAUUUCAAUUUCAUUCUUUCAGAUUUUAAUAUUCAACUAGAAGUACUAGAAGAUCAAUUUGAAGCAUUAACCAGUACACCAUCUAAAGAUAAUAAAAAAGUCUUAGAUUUCGAGCAUGAUUCGGAUAUCCUUUGUUUUGGAAUUCCUGUAUUAAAUAACUUUAGUUUUUCAAAUAACUCACUUGUUAUUGGACAUCAUUUUUUCAAGGUUCAAGAAAAAAAUAAAAUAGGAAGAUACACAUUUUCAUACAGUUUGAAUGAUAAUAAUUAUGUUAAUUUGCCCACUUUUACCUUUUAUACACUUAUCAUCUCAAAUUUCCCAACUUCUAAUGCUUAUGGGACAUUACCUUUUGAGUGUCUUAAAUUUAGAUUGAAAAAACAUAAUUCAUUAAAAGCGACUGAAUUAAAUUCUUUAAAAUCAAAUUGCACAUCUUUGAUGCCAAAAUAUAUUAGUUUACUUUCAACAGGAGAAAAUAAUUGUGGACCAAUUUUAUUGAAACAAAAAUUCAAUGAGAUCAAAGCAAAGUAUCUUAAAUCUUGCGAAAAUGAAGCCUGUAUUUGUAGAAAAAAUGGAAAGAAUGAUCUGGAAUGCGUGUUCUUUGAUCCGAAUCAAGGUAUUUAAAGCCACUCCAAUUAAAAUUAUGGUUAAAAAUAUGGAAAGGAG